CGCCGCCCCUUCCCGCCCCCUCCCUCCUCUCUCCCCCUCAGGGACCCGCCGCCGACCUCACCAUGGGCAAAGGCGACCCCAACAAGCCGCGGGGCAAGAUGUCCUCGUACGCUUACUUCGUGCAGACCUGCCGCGAGGAGCACAAGAAGAAGCACCCGGACUCGUCCGUCAACUUCGCCGAGUUCUCGCGGAAGUGCUCGGAGCGGUGGAAGACAAUGUCUAGCAAGGAAAAAGGAAAGUUUGAAGAAAUGGCUAAAGGAGACAAAGCUCGUUAUGACAGGGAGAUGAAAAACUAUGUUCCUCCCAAGGGUGAGAAGAAGGGAAAGAAAAAGGACCCCAAUGCUCCUAAAAGACCACCAUCUGCAUUCUUCCUUUUCUGUUCGGAACACCGUCCAAAAAUCAAAAAUGAACAUCCUGGCUUGUCUAUUGGAGACACAGCAAAGAAAUUAGGUGAAAUGUGGUCUGAACAGUCGGCCAAAGAUAAACAGCCAUAUGAACAGAAAGCUGCAAAACUAAAGGAGAAAUAUGAAAAGGAUAUUGCAGCAUAUCGUGCCAAGAGUAAGAGUGAUGCAGGAAAAAAGGGCCCAGGCAGGCCUGCAGGAUCUAAGAAGAAAGCAGAACCAGAAGAGGAGGAGGAGGAGGAGGAAGAUGAUGAAGAGGAGGAGGAAGAUGAGGAUGAGGAAUAAAUGAAUGUCCUGCUGUAAAUCUUUAUGCUCAAAAUCCAAUAUUUUGCUAAGAAUGUGAACUCAAGUGCAGCUCAUUGUUAGCUUCAGUAUAAAAAUCUGUACAGAAUUGUGUAUAGGUAAUGUGGUUCUUUGUAGGGAGACCUCUAUUUUUAAUGUAAGUAGUAGCCAAGAGCUGCUACAGUUCGGGUUAAAAAAAGAGAAAAAGGUGUGGAAUGUUCCUGCAUAUUUAAUGGUUUUGUUGAAACUCAGUGACUGAUAGCCAGGUGUUUCUUUAUAGCUAAGUAAAACAAAGGAGGUAGCUUAAUAGCUGAUCUUAUAUUUUGUAGUAUAUUGCAUUGUAUUACUUUUUUAACAGUUUUGUAAUAAAAUGUUGUACAUGA